UUCGGGCCGGGUUUCCCAAUGCAAAUGGGUCAAUAUCCGAAUAUCGGGACACCUUCUUUCCCACUAGGCUACAAUCCUUAUCUCCACCCAUUCUCGCAGCCGCCAGCUCAGCCUGAUCCCGAGAAAGAGAGAUUAAAGGCUGAGAAUGAUCGCCUCAAUGCUCAAGUUGAGAAGCAGAAGGCCAAAGAGGCGGAAGAUAUUAAACGAGAACUACAACAACAAAAACUCGAGAUUGCACGGCUCCAGAACGAGAAUUUCAGGCUCUUGAAUGAUUCCAAACGACAGCGAUCUCAUUCUCCGGCUGAAGAAUCAUCGCAGCGCCCAUCGCAGCGCCAGCGUGUAGUCGCCGACAAGAGGAACCAACAGCAUCCUCCAAAGAAUCAACCUAUGGAGGAAGGUUUCUUUGGCCGAGUACAACAGCAGCACCCAGAGUCCCAGAACUCACCUCAGAACAAUCGAGCUCGGGAAGAAGAGUUUUUCAGUCGAAUUAGCCAGCUAGAUGAUCCAUCUACCAAGGCCAAUGCGCGAGACUCAGGCUUUAACACAGCCGCGGCAAAAUCCACAUCGCCACACCAUCAAGGCGAUAUGGUCCUCGCCGAGGAAGACGAAUAUAUAUAA